AUGAAUUUUUUUAAAAUCUCUCUCUGUUUCACUCUGGUUAGUGUAUUCUUCUUCGUAGGAAAUGUUGAUGCGCACGGUCGCAUGAAAAUACCAGAAAUUCGUCUUGAACCUAAUGACAAAGACUCUGAUUUCACGAUAGCUCGCAGUCCAACAAAAGGUGCCCCUUGUUCCAAUCUUGAUAGAUCAAAGGGACCUGUAACGAAUUAUGCUUCUGGCGCAAGUAUUCCAUUUACAUGGCAAAUUACUGCAGCACAUCUAGGCAAAUGUUUUCUUGAACUUUCGACCGAUGGAAACGAUGGUGGUUUCACAACUCUUAAGGAAUAUCCUAAUUGUGCCGAUACAAAUGGUGUCUUUAAUGACAACGUACAAUUACCAGCUGACGUAUCUUGCGACAAAUGUACUUUGAGAUGGCGAUGGGAAGCUAAAAACACUGGCGAGUUAUAUAUUAACUGUGCGAAUAUCCAAAUUGGAGGUUCUGGAGGUUCCGGACAAAGUAACCCUAAACCAAACCCAGCUACCAGCACAUCUACUACAUCUACCAGCACAUCUACUACAUCUACCAGCACAUCUACUACAUCUACCAGCACAUCUACUACAUUUACCAGCACAUCUACGACACCUUCUGCACCUAGUGCUCCAGCUCAACCAACUCCAGCUGUCACUGAUCCUGUAACUCCUAUUAAAUCUCAAUCAGCGUCUUCAGCUAUGACCUCUGGCAUGCCAACGAAUAAACCUACCAAAUCUCACCCAAUGCCUUCAGCUGCUACCUCUGGCAUGCCAACGAAUGAACCUACCAAAUCUCACCCAAUGCCUUCAGCUGCUACCUCUGGCAUGCCAACGAAUAAACCUACCAAACCUCAAAAGUGCAUUAAACAGGGAGGUGUUACUUAUUGCAAAAAACACCGUGGUUGCGGUCGUAAAAGCAAUAAAUGCAUUCAAGUGGAAG